AGGAAUUCUCUCUCAGUUUCCCAUAUUAAUCCUGAGAGAGGCCGAGAGCAGCACACAAGCUUCAGCCAUGGGGACCGUGCGAUUCCUGCUGCUGUGGGGGGGCCUGACCCUCUGCCUGUGCCUCAUGGCUUCUGCCCACUCCCAGCCGGGGCACAGAGAAGGGGAUCGUUUGGACUCGGCCAAGAAACACAACUCCAAAAAUGGGCCUCCUGGAAAGAGAAGGAAUGAGAAUAAGGAGAGGGUGUAUCGCCCCGGGGGCUAUUCUUUUAUAGGAGGUGACCAUACAAAACUGUCGAAGCCGCGCCCAGAGCACCAAUCUCCUGUAAAAGUUAAAGACACCCCCAAUAUAAUGGAUUUAUCCAGAUCUUCCCUGGAGAACGGACGGAGGAGGCGGCAAUCUUACGAGAAGCCCAAGAAGCGCUGUCCUGGCUGCUACUCACCCAUGGGAAAGCCGCAGAGGCAGAAAAGGAAAGAUAAAAACAAGGAUGUGGCCAAUAACCCCCCCGAGACAUGCCCGGGCUGCUACCACACCCUGGGGCGAUCCUUAGAGCCGAAGGACGUGGAGGAGCGCGAACCAUCCCGGAGACGGGGGCAUAAAAAGCCAAAGGACAGGAAGGAAGGCAGCCCUCCCUUCUCCCACCGCGGGCUGGCGAGGUCCCUACAGCAGGAGAGAGAAGAUUCCGAAGGCAAAAGGAGAGAGCGAGGAAGGGGGGGACACCGCCCCGGGUCACUAUCAGGAGUUGCUAUAAAGGAGGAAGAGCCAAGGAAGCACCACGGGCACCACAAGAAAGAGAAGCACGGAAAGCACAGGAGGAACCAUCACCACGAACAUUCCGAAGGGAAGAUUGAGAGAGAGGAGUGAGACAGAGGAGGGGCAGCAGAACCCGCUGAGCGUCGGCCUCUUCCCCGUACCCCCCCCUAGAAAACUGCUUCCUGUGUAUCACGCACAAUUCCCCCCCCCCCCCAACCGUCGGACACGCUCUGCUCCGCCUUCUCUGGUACCCACAAUGCCUCUCUGUACUGUCACCGUUCCUCUAUGAUCCUCAGGGCCAUGCUUGUCUGCAGGAAUAAAACGAAUAAUAAGUCCCAACUGCAGGGCCCACAGGGCCUCUCCUGGCACACUGACCCCCCCACCCCACCCACUGUGCCGGCACACUGACCCCCCCCCUACCCACCAUGCCAGCACACUGACCCCCCUACCCACCGUGCCUGCCCAUAGGCUGAGGCUCACAAUACAUUCCGGGCCACUGUGGGAUUGCCCCUCUGUAUAAUACACCUACCCAGUUUUUACCCCCACCCUCUCUGUGUAUUUCCUUUCACUUUUUAUAUUUGUUUUUUUAAUAGAAUGUUAAUAGACCAAUCAGUGUCAUGCCCCGCCCCCCAUUUUAUAUGCCAACGAGAAUAAAGUGAAAUUUUAGCGUUUCUAA